AGCGACUCCGGCGCUCCCGGCAGCCAGCACACGGAAGGAAGAUGGCGGCUGCGGGGGUGCGAGUUUGCGGCCGCGGCGCUCUCCUCCUGUUCCUGGCCACCGCGGCCCUGACAACCGGUGUCCUUGGUGACCGAUUCAGCAUAUUGAGGGCCCCACAAUAUGUCAAUUUCCAGAAUGUUGCAGGACCUUUACCUAUGGGCCGGAUUCCAGAUGUGUUGGCAUUGUCUAUGGGUUUUUCAGUUGAGGAGGAUCUUUCGUGGCCUGGACUUCUAGGAGGCAAUUUGUUCAGCCGACCACGAGCCACCAUUCUUGUGACUGUGAGGGGAGUAGAAGAGAUUGUUCUGCCCAAGAAUGGAAUCUCGUACCUUGUUGAAAAUCCAGUCCCUUUCACCUUGGAUAGUAUUUCAAAUUCUAUCCACUCCUUGUUUUCGGAGGAAACUUCAGUGGUUCUGCAGUUGGCUCCCAGUGAGGAGAGGUUGUACAUGGUGGGGAAAGCAAAUGCCAUUUUUGAGGAUCUCCCUGUAACUUUGCGACAGAUGAGGAAUCGCUUGUUCCAAGAUGACUCUGUGCUGAGCUUCCUUCCUCCUAAUUCCCUGAACAAAAAUAAUGAGGUUGACUUGCUAUUCCUUUCAGAGCUGCAAGUUCUUCAUGAUAUUUCUGCAUUGCUGUCUCGACACAAGCAUUUGGCAAAAGACCAUUCACCUGAUCUUUAUUCACUAGAGCUAACGGGUCUGGAAGAGAUUUUAAAACAUUAUGGGCAGGACUCCCAGCAAUUCCGUGAUGCUGCCCAAAUCCUUGCAAAUGUCAUCCAGAAGUUUGCAGAUGAGAUGUUCAGCAUUUAUAAUGGAAAUGCGUUAAUAGACCUGCUGACAGUGAAGACAUUUGAUGUUCCUCUUAUGCGAAAGACUCGAUCUAUCUUGGAAUCUACAUCCAUAAGCAACCCAGGCAGUCCAUACGGCUUCGCCUAUCAGUACAACUAUAACUAUGCUGUUGUCUUCAACAUUGUCCUGUGGUUAAUGAUAGCCCUAGCCUUAGCUGUGAUCGUUAUUUCCUAUAACCUGUGGAACAUGGAUCCUGGCUAUGACAGCAUUAUCUAUAGAAUGACCAGCCAGCGAAUUAAAAUGGAAUAAACUUUCUUUGUCAAAACCAACCUAAAGGAGGGAAUCACUGAGGAUACAAACUGAUGGGUUAGGAAAGUUAAAUAUUGAUUUCUGACCUUUGUUCUGUUUCUUGCUAAGGCAGUAUUCCAACAUUGGAGGGGAGGGGGGUAAUGUGGGGAUGUGAAACAUAAUUUUUCAAUGUAAAUUUAAAUAUCCAUCACCUCUGCACUUAUAUCUAAGAUAUAUUUGUGUAGAUAUAUUUGCAGAAAUAUCUGGCUGUCACAGUAGCUAUUAUCAACAAAUAUGGGAUACAGUGGCUACUUAAUCAUGGAAAACUUCUACAUGAUCUCUCAAAUUGUAUUAUAUUUUAAAUACGAUGCAAUAGUGGGAGGGGAAAGAAGGAAAUUACUUGAUGAUGAACAAUUAAUUAUUGCUGAUGAAACUUGAGCAGUGCUGACAAAUUAAUGUCCUCAAGAUUUUAGUUGUCUCUAAAGAUCCUUCAACCCAAGGAAAAAAUCUUGCUAAUUUUAGUUAAAUAAUUUCUUAUUCUAAAUCCAAUCUGCACCAACAUCAAAUGUUUACAAAGUAGUCCAAUGCUAUUGCUGAACAACUGUAACACAAAUAAGUAUAAUGUGCAUUCUUCACCCGGUGCUGGUUUACCAAACUGGCCUCAGCUCAACUUCCAUCAUCAAUAUAAUGAGUAUUCCGGGGAAGAGUUUGUAUUGAAAUUGAUGGAAGAGAAUGACUUCACAUGAGCAUUUCAUUGGGUUAUAGUAUCGCAACUCCUUUCUCUAUUAUUCUGCAAUUAAAUUGGUUCUGUCUGUAUAUAUUAGGAAUAUUACUGCUUGAAUGACUUGCCACUCUAUUCAGUACUGUUGGAUUCAGUUUGUCAUUUUAUGUUGAAAUAGUGACCAGAUCAGUGAUAGAUAUUAGCUUCAAUGAAAAAUGCACUGUGAUAUGAAUUAACUUGAUUUUGUGAAAAUUAUUCUUAAAUGAUUCGACUUCUCCAUUGCUUUCAUGUUUAAAGUGAAUGUGGUGUAAAGAUGUAAAUUACUAUGUGGACUGUUGAAUGGCAGUCCUAUUAAAGACAAUCUGUAUGUUCAUUUGCAACUGUUAAACCUGUCUCUUAGUGAAGUGAGUUCGGUACAUAAAGGUAGAGAAUAGAAAUGGAUCUUUGUAUUUAUGUGAAAGCCUAUGUGUUACUUGUGUUCUGUGUAAAUGUUAUUAAUAAAGGAUGACUGUAUACAGUUA